GUUAUUACGUAUCACUCCUUAGUCCAAGAACCCCGUCGAUCGCUACCACUAUCGUUAACUUCGAGUCUCCGCUUCCAGCAACCAGUCUCGAUUAUUCAAAAGUUAUAGAUCUACAAAUCAUUACUGCAAAACCCAGUAUCCACCAGCUUUUCCAGCUUAUUUCAUACAUCUGAUCACACAAUGACCGCCUUCUUCAAGAUCUCCACCUUGGCUGCUAUUGCCCUCUCGUUGCACUCUGCUGCUGCUGCCCCACCAGCCUGUUUGUUGGCCUGUGUCGCUCAGGUCGAAAAGGCUUCCUCCUGUGACGGCUUAAACGACUUGUCUUGUAUCUGUUCCAAAGACGCUGCCAAGAUCGAAUCCUGUUUGAACGAUAUCUGUCCUAACGACAACGCCGACGCUGCCAUCUCGGCCUUCGAAGACUCUUGUUCCGCUUCCGGCAACUCUGUUUCUUCAGUCUUCUCCUCUUCUGCCGAAUCUUCGUCUACUGAAUCUUCUUCUGCCGAAUCCUCUUCUACCGAGGCUUCCUCCACUGAAGAAUCUUCUUCGACUGAAGAGACUUCCUCCGCUGAACCAUCUUCUUCUUCUGAAGAAGCUACUUCUACCGAAGAGUCCUCUACCGAAGAAUCCUCCACCGAAGAGUCGUCUGCUGAAGCUACUUCUACUGAAGAGUCUUCUGCUGAACCUUCUUCCACUGAAGAAGCCACUUCUUCUACUGAAUCGACCACUUCCGAAGCCACCUCUUCUGUAGUCUUGACCUCGGCCUCUGUCACUGAAGCUGCUACUUCCUCUGCUGCUCCAGAAUCCACCACUUCUGUCUCCGUCUCUACUGCUAACGGUGCCGUUGAAAGACAAUUGUCCUUCGGUGCUGCUGUCAUCGGUUUGGUCGGUAUUGCCUUGUUAUAAGUGUGAUGUACGGAAUACACACUGAAUUCAUGAAUAUAUAAGGAUGCAUGAAAUAUAAGGAAUGUUGGGAUAAAAGCUUCAUACGUCUAUUUUUUUCUGUUCUCCACUUCGAAGACUUCAUUAAAUUGAGUGAUUUGAAGUUCAUAGCAGGCAGGUUAUGUACUGCUUUGUCUUGCUAAACAUGUCGUUGUUUUAGACCUCAUAGAAACAAUUUGAAAUGUUAAAACUCACUAUUAUAAAAUUACAAAGGAUACCACCAUAUGCUUUUGUUCCUUCAAUUAUUAAUAUACAAAAUGCGAU